AUGAGUGUUCAUCCUGGUUCCAACCCAGGAACUCGGGUGUACCAGGACCGGAACCCAGGUCUUGAACCUGGACCGGGUUGGUCGGGGUCAGACCCUGGCUGGAACCCAGUCACUGCAAAUAAAUUUGAUAACAUCUAUUACAAAAACCUUGUGAACAAUUCUGGGCUACUUCAGUCAGACCAAGCUCUUAUGGGGGACAAUAAAACCACUUCAAUGGUCAUUAACUAUAGCAAGUUCCAUUAUCUUUUCUAUAGGGAUUUUGCAGCAUCAAUGGUGAAGAUGGCCAGCAUAGGUGUGCUUACAAGACAAAGUGGAGAGAUUAGAAAAAACUAUAGAGUGGUGAACUAA